AUGCCUUCUAGUAUGGCAGAUGGAACAUCAACGCCGGUGCAAGUGAAAGUUGAAGAUUUCCCUCCAGAACCCACCAUUGCGCCAGAGCAACCCAAAGUUGAUGUUUCACGAGGUAUAAACCCACCAAUACAACCGGAAUCGCCAAAUAUGAAGAGAAGGCAAUCGGCAAUCGACGAUGCGCAUAUUGCUAGCAAGGGGGUUUCAUCCCCAAAGAGAGUGAAACCUCAAGCGACGGUGAAGAUCCUACCUCAGAACUAUGAGCAUUGCGAGGAAGAGGAUAUGGUCGUUCUCAUAGCUAGUAUGAUUGCUGAAUUGAUUCAAAGAAACGAUCUUCUUCCUCCGCAGAACGGAGUGUUAACACGCUUUCAUUCUAGAUCACCACCUGGAAUUUCUGUUCUUGAUUACCUCCGCCGACUUGCAAAGCAUGCCACUUUAAAACCUCCUCUCCUACUCUCCAUGGUUUACUAUAUCGACCAACUUUGCGCUUCAUAUCCAGCAUUUACAAUCACAACUUUAACUGUUCAUCGAUUCUUGAUUACGGCAGCGACAGUGGCCUCAAAAGGGCUUUCAGAUAUUUUUUGGAACAAUUCGACGUACGCGCGAGUUGGUGGUGUCAAAUUGGCAGAAUUAGGAUUGCUAGAGCUUGAAUUUUUACACAGAGUCGACUGGAAAAUAAUUCCCAAGCCUGAAAUGUUGACCGAUUAUUAUAAAGGUUUGAUUGAGCGAAACGACCGUUACAGAAUGGAAGGAGAUUUGUCUGACGAAUCAGACGAAUUGGAUGAUGAUGAAGAAGAAAGCGACGAACUUGAUACCCCCGAGCAGACCGAGAUUGGAAUUGACGCAAAUAUGAGAGACUCGGAGGCAGAUGCUCUAAAUCUUAAGACGAAGUUUGGACGAGAAGAAACAUCACAGCCAAGAGCGCCCUAA